AUGCAAACGCAAGCAUAUGCCGUCAAUGUGUCCCUUGUCGACGAAUACGGUGCAAAAGCAAGUGGGGGAUUACAAGGCAGCUUGACUUCUAAUAUACAGUUUCGCCCCGAUCAACAUGCGCAUGGCUUUGUUGUGUUUAAUAAUCUCGCCAUUUGCCAGACAGGGCCGCAGCGACUCCGGGCUUUGCUUGGGGCACUUUCAUGCCCCGGAAUGACCGUCGAGGCGCGUGCCGAUUCAAAAGUUUUCCACAUCAGUAAGUGGAAUCUGAAUAGGAAGAUAUCCUUCGUACCAUGUCACUGGGAUGCCACUAACGCAUACAAAAGCGUUUUGAAGAAUGUAGCCUUUACAGGGUCCUGGAAGAACGAAGAUGAAACGGCAAAGGAUGAUUCAGAUCCUUUGGCUCAAGCAAUAGAAGGCUCAAACUUGGCUCGUGCAUUGGAUGGGCCGGUGGAUAAGGAGACGGAGAAGUGA